AUGGCGUCCCGCGCCGCCCUGCUUCUGGACCCAAGGGCCUACAAAAAACAGCUACAAAAGAAUGGUAACGACCCAGAUCUCUCGUAUGCGACGCCUGUCUCCCGCAAUGACACGCGGCCUGGAUCCCCUCAUGAACCCUCUCAUCUCUUCCCAUCGUCCAGCCGUUGCCCCUCCCCUCCGGAUGACCCUGUGUUUUUGGACCCAGUUGACUUACUCAUCGGCCCAGCAGGCACUCAAAACGCGAGCACGUCACCGCGCGGUGCUUCUUCGAGCGUUGCGCCAGCCGGCACGGUUUCCGCUGCGCAUCGGCUGCUCAAUCCGCAGCACCGUCAGCCCUCGUCCAAGCGGCGCUCGAAAUCGCAAUCGAGAUUCGAGCCCGAAUCAGCCAUUUCGGAAGCUCAAAGUAGUACAGAUUCAUCGCCGCGACAGGUUGUCACGAAUGAGCCAGCGCUGGACGUUGAGUUUACGAGCGCACACUCUGACGAUGACAACGAUGCGAAACGCAGUUCAGACCAUCUUGAUAGUGACGUCGAAGCGCGCGCCGGCAGUCUCAUAGAAGACAUGUACGGCGUAGAGAAGCGGGUUCAUCGUCCCUACAAAAAGAUCAAGACAGAGAAUGACGAGGAGAAAUCGAAAACGGCCAGAACCGGGGCUAUCACGAGAAACGGGAAUACCGAGUUGGGCGAAUACAUGAAAGACGACAAGGGGGAACCGGACUAUCCUUCACCGGCUACGCCAAAUGUUGUUGACUUGACCCUUGAUCCGUCGGCCAACGCAAAUGAUGAUGAUGACUUGCAGGUCACUGGGUCGAACAAUCUCAGUGUUCAGAAAGUUUGCUAUGGGAAAUUGGAGAAUGCUAUGAUACAAGCACAACUCGUCCCCAAGCCCUCCCCUCAGGGUAUCUUCGGUGACUCAGCGCAUGAUUGGCCGUCCAUCAAGUUGGAUGUGCAGAGGCAAGCAAGUCAGAACAACACUAGAAUCAAUGUUUCAGACCCGCACGGAAAGUUAUUCGGAGCGGUUGAUGCAAAGACUGCGUCUGUCAUUACCCCAUUGCUUGACUCCAAUGCGUUGAAGGUCACCAUCACGGCUCGACUCGACGUUCGAAGGCGGUUGCCGGGCGAAAUGCCAUGGGCACCGUGUUCUGCUCUGUAUAGAGCAUCCAUCAACCUCUACGGUCUAAGGAAGGACGCUGAGCUAGUUGGCAGACACCUUGGGCAGCACAACGUCUGGCUGGGAACACCUUUCUCUGUCGAGCAAGGAGUGCCAGUAUUUAAUCCUCAUGCUGAGAGGAGAAGAGCCCAGGCAGCUUCCUUGUUGCCCACCAUAGCUGCGAGGAGUCGUUCGGGCGUCAGUUUCGAAUUUCGCACCGCUGAAGAGGUCAACGAUGCUGUGAUGAAGAUGUUUGAUCAGCUUCAGAGCGCUGGGAACCUCCCUGAAAUGGAGCCGCCAAGUCUCGUAGUGACUCCUUUGCUCCGCCAUCAGAAGCAAGCACUGUGGUUCAUGACUGAGAAGGAGAAACCACGCAAGUUUGGGCCGAAUGAGAAGGAUAAUAAUUCGCUUUGGCGCAUUCAAUAUCGUCCCAAUGGGGCAAAGCGUUAUCGCGAGAUCAUCAGUGGCACUGUGCUUGAUGAAGAGCCACCGCAGAGCUUAGGCGGCUUGCUAGCAGAUAUGAUGGGUCUUGGAAAGACCUUGAGUAUCCUCUCACUUACCACUUCAUCUUUGGAUCAAGCCCAGGAGUGGGCGAAGAAGAUACCGCAGCCAGAUCUCGUGCGCAGCUUACCCGGUAUUCGCAAUACCAAGACGACUCUCUUAGUGGUUCCUCUGAGUACUGUCAAUAACUGGGUGACGCAGAUCAAGGAGCACCUGAAGGAGGGCGCAAUAUCUUACUACGUCUUUCACGGUUCUUCCAGAACCACAGACGUAGACGAAUUGUCAAGCUACGACUUGGUCAUCACCACCUACAGCAUCGUCCUUUCUGAAUUGUCGCGGAAGAGUUCUAAGCGAGGGGUGAGUCCCUUGACGAAGAUGAACCUGUUCCGCAUUGUUCUGGACGAAGCGCACACCAUUCGAGAGCAGAGUGCUGCACAGACACAGGCGAUCUUCAAACUCAACUCCGAGCGUCGCUGGUCUGUGACUGGUACGCCAAUCCAGAACCGGCUCGAGGACUUACUCUCCGUGACCAAGUUUCUUGGACUGUUUCCAUAUGACGACAGAGCCAGAUUCGGCAUGCAUAUCCUCAGCCGAUUCAAGACGGGUGAUGCGACAGUUCUGGCAAGCUUGAGGGUACUUGUUGACUCUUUUACGCUACGCCGGGUCAAAGACAAGAUUGAUAUCCCUCCUCGGCACGAUAAGAUCAUCACUCUGGAAUUCUCGGAGAAGGAGAAGCAGCUGCACGAGUUCUUCCGGAGGGAGUCGAAUGUGAUGAUGAGGGUCAUUGCGGGAGAGGACAAGACAAAGAUGAAGGGGCGGAUGUACCACCACAUCCUGAAAGCCAUGAUGAUCUUGCGACAGAUCAGCGCACACGGCAAAGAGCUACUUGAUAGUGAAGACCGUCAGCGGAUCAAAGGAAUCAGUGUGCAGGAUGCAAUUGAUCUUGAAGAAGGUGCAGGCGAAUCGAGCGGGGUGGUAGACAAAAAGGCCUAUGAGAUGUUUAAUUUGAUGCAAGAAUCAUCUGCCGACGCCUGCGCUCUGUGCGGCAAGCGCUUAGAAGAACCAGGUUCAGAUACCGGUGCAGGUGACCAGAAUGCCGCGAUGGCCAUCGUGCUCCCCUGUUUUGACGUUCUCUGUCCGGAUUGCUUUUCCGGAUGGAAGCAAGCGUUUGAUGGCCAAGUCGAACCCACCAACACGAUCAAGUGCGGCGUCUGUGAUGGGUGGAUUCCUGUCUCUUACUCAACAAUCACUGCCAACGGGCUCCAGGAAUAUCUCCGAGACCAGGAACAAGCAAAGCAGAACCGAAGGCAAGCGAAGACGCUGGGCGAGUACGAAGGGCCACACACGAAGACCAAGGCGCUGUUGGCCCACCUCAUGGAAUCUGCUGAAGAGAGCAAAAGAUUGGGCAGUGAGCUGCCUAUCAAGAGCGUGGUAUUCUCGGCCUGGACUUCGCAUCUGGACCUCAUCGAAAUUGCACUGAAAGACAACGGCAUCACGGGCUACACACGCUUGGAUGGCAGCAUGACCCUCCCCGCGCGCAACAGAGCGUUGGAGGACUUCCAUAGCAACAACGAGACCACCAUCCUACUAGCAACAAUUGGUGCUGGCGGUGUCGGUCUGAAUUUGACCUCGGCUUCGAAAGUCUACAUCAUGGAGCCGCAGUAUAAUCCGGCAGCUGUCGCGCAGGCGAUCGAUCGGGUGCACAGACUGGGUCAGACGCGCGAUGUUACGACAGUCCAGUUCAUCAUGAAAGGGAGCAUUGAGGAGAAGAUUUUCGAGCUUGCUAAGAGGAAGCAGCAGCUGGCAGACAUGAGCAUGAACCGGGGCAAACUCGACAAGAAAGAUGUUCAAGAGCAUCGUAUGAGAGAGUAUAGAAGCCUCUUUAAAUGA